CAGAGGCGUCGGUGGUUUGGAAACCGGGAAAUAAUAAGUAACGAGGAGACGGAAAACAAAAGAAGUUCAAAGUAGACAACGACAAAGGAAUAAUUAACGUUUUCUACACGCAUUCAUUGUUUGUUAUAAUGGCUAUGUCUCGCGCGAAGUAUUGCAUUUUGGUGAAACAGUGGCGGGCCAGUAGCUGCGAGUGAAAACGUCCAAAAGGUAUACAGCUGGCUGUUGACAUCGGAACAGUAAUCUGGCAUCUGGCAGCAGUACAACGUGAAUUGAACAUUGGCGUGGUGAUGCUUUCAUUCCACUGGGUUUUCAGGGAUGAUUUCUAUUAAUGCCCCGUAAAGCCUUAAAGACUGAGAAGCCUCCCCUGCUGUUCCUGGAGCACCCUGUGUGUGGAGCCAGACUCCAAAAUGUGCCUGAAGUCCGAGCAGCACUCAACCCCAAAGAGUUUUUUACAGAGACACAGAACAGCUCAGCUCUUAAUUCUUGGGUACGACCACAAUUCGACCCUUCAGUUGCAACUGCGCUGCCGGUGAGACGAGGGAGGAGAAAAUGCCCCUCUGCCACAAGCAUCCUUGACAGUUGCAGUCAGCUGUCCAGAAAGAAGAGUGUGUGCACAUUCCCCUCGUUAUCAUUUCAGACAAGGUCAAGAGACCAAUCUCAUCAACCGAAGAGCACACGCGCAAAGAAAUCUACUGAGUCCACUGUUGUGUCUGACACAGGAAAUCGGCCACGGGGAUCAUGCCGAAUCAUGAGGAUGGUUUCAAGUGCACAGUACUCUGACACACCAAAGAAACAGACAACCUCAAUCACAAAAGGGAAUGUGGAGAGAUUUCCUAAUGGCGCUGCAUCCUCCAGCAGAUGUUCGGAGCAGCCUAAAACUCCAUCUAUUCAAGUGACUGAGAAAUGCAGAAUUUCAGCAGAUGGUGUAUCAACACCUGCCUCCAAUGAGUUCUGCGCCACUGAGGUCAGCAGUGUCAGUCCACCACCUGAUGUGGACACUCCAAAACUAACUCAAGGAGGGAGUAGAUGUCCCCCCUUCACCACUCUACAAUUGCUACCGCCUCAGCCAUGUACACCACCAUGUAAUCAGCCACCUGACAUAUUAGUGGCUGACACACCAGAGCAGGAUUACGGGGUGAAGGUGACAUGGAGGAGGAGGAGGGGUUUGAUGAUGUUGUUAAAAGAGAGGGGCCAUCUCUCUGAUUCAGAUGCUCUAAUUAACAGCUGAUGUUGAGAUUGUGUAAGAAUAUAAUUAGGCAAUGUCAGCAGAGAAUGUCCCCGAUUAUUCAUCGAACACUUUUGUGACCGGAAUUCUCUCUAUCAACAAUUUUAAUUGUAUUGCACUGAAUGGUACUGCUGCAGUUUAAAGUCAUGAUCACAUUUCAGUUCAUUGACUGUUCGCUUUGAUUGAACGUCAUUAUAACAAGCCAAGGACGUUAUGAAAUAACUCUCACCAACACCCACUUCGCAACCCUGAUUUUUAUCAUUGAAAGAAUCAAAUCAAGUGAUGGACCAAUUAACAUUGCUAUAAUUACAGCAGUAUAAUAAUUGCAAGUGUUUUCCAUGAGUGAGAAAUGAUCUUGCCUCAUCCCAAUUAUACUGUACUGUUAUAGAUGAUGUUGCAAAUUAGAGGCGGUCCUUGUAUUUACAUUUACAAUAUUCUUACACCUACAUUUUAAUGGCAGAAGUGUGGUAAAGGGUAUUGUGUAUAUGGACUAUAUCGAGCAGACACACUCAUGUAGUCAGUGUCAUGAAAGCUUGAGUCACUGGUGUAAUAAAACAAAGGGUGGUGCUGAAAGAACGUUUGAACACUGUUGUUGGUGAUUGUGAGCAAUGCUGUGUAAUUUAUAACCUAUUUUUUUUUUCUCUUUCAAAUGUAAAGUACAUGGAAUAAAUGUAUAUGUGUCCCAAAGGGCAAACUAAAUGUGUAUUAUUUCUUAAGACUUUGGCUACAAUUAGUAAUAUGA